UGCCUGCGUAUGCAAUGACGUGGCAGUGGGUCGAGGGAAGAGGGGUUUCAGAUCAAUCGUGACAACAAAUACACUUUCAUCUUUUAAUUGAAAAUCUGCGAUCGAAACCACUCUCUUGGAUUAACCUGAUCGCUGUUGUGUAUCGUGAGAUUGACAAGACGAGGAUGUCACCAUUGGGGCUUAGAGAGAAGGCUGCUCUCAGGCAGUGCAUUCAGGCCCGAGCCCAGCUGGAGGAGGCCAUUGCUGAGGUCAUCAAAGCUGAAGUUCAACUCAAGAGCAACUCCAGAGAGGUGAAGUCUCAGUUGCACAGCUGUAUCAGCAGACAUCUGGAGAUCCUGCGCUCUCGUGAGGUCUGUCUUCUUGAGCAGAUUGAUCUGGUGGAGGAACUGAAAGGAGAAACUUUACAACAGCAGCUACAGCAGCUCCAUUUGCUCAGCGGCCAGUUCGACAUUCUUAUUCAUCAGCUGGAGUAUUCCAGUAGUGCCAAUCCUGCCACCCAGCUCGCCAACUGCCUGGAGAAGUUGUCUUCUCUGAAUCUGACUCCUGAAGAAACCCCAGAGAUGAGUUUCCAAGCAGAUGCUCGCACCUUGCGCCAAGCUAUCACAUCCUUUGGGACCAUUUCCACCCAGCAGAAGGAGAUGUCUCAGAACUCUUUUGGGAGAUCAUGGCUUCUCCAGGACUGCCCAGUUUCUGCCAAGAAACAGAAAAUAGAUCCUGAAUUGGGCACACCGCUGGCAGAAUGGCUUCUAGGAAAUCGUCCAGUAACCAGUGCUCCUGUAGGACACCAGUUCAGCUCGAACACCCAGGACUGGCUGCUUUCCUCCAAGGAAUCUCAGAAAGAUCAACAAUUGCUGCCUUUUGACUUCCAAAAGGCUUGGGGCCAACUCAAUGACCUGGAGUUGUGGCUUUUGAAAGAGAAAUUGCCUAUUCGUGAGCGAACCCUCAGUGGCAGCUCAGCCUUCUCUAUUGAGAUGAUCGAGGAAGGCGACUUAAAUCUGGACGAGGUGGAUGAGCGGAAAAAAGGGGGUGACACUACUGAGAAAGAUGAACUCCGCAAGUGGCUCAUCAGCCCAAGCAAGCAAGAUAAGAGCAGCCCAGUCUCAGAUGCUGACCGCUUCAAGCAGAUUAUCAAACCCUUUUAUGAGAGCUUUUCUCCCAGUGAUUGGCUCGCCAAGUCUGACUGCAACUCUUGCUGUGGCACACGCUCCGAGGCCAUUGAAAUCGAGAACCUCGGAAAGCUCAAGUGCCUUAAGACUCCCCCUUCAUCCACUGCUAGCACCCCUAUCACCAACCCAGAGUCCGUUGAGAUGUGGCUUCAGAAGACCAUACCUCUGGAGACCAACUGCAAAGCCAACGAGACCUGCACCAGCUACGCUCAAUGCGUGUGUGAUGAUAACUGUGGAAAAGAGGCCCUAAGUUCUUGGCUUCUCAAGAAAGAGGGGCGGGAUAAGAACGGUGUACCUGUCAGUAAGAAUGCAACAAACAAAGCUUCCAGUCAGCAGCACGAGCAUCAACAGAAGGUUCAGGCUAUCCUAGAAGCCUGGCUACACCCAAGCAAUAGUGCCAAGACUCCUGUCCUGUCAUCCCUAUCUGCCUGGUUGACCCCGCACUUAGUUGUCGGCGAGGAGAAGAAUGCACACUUACAAACUUCAGACAUCUCCUCCCAGAAGCCUCUCCAGACUGAGAACUGGCUUCUGCCAGCGAUGAAGCACAUUAGCAGUACCACUGAGAUACCAAGCGAGCCAGAAAGCAAGAACACUAAAGAGCGAGACCGCAAAGACCUAGAGGAGGACAGAUGGCUUCUACGCAAGCGGGCAAAUGCACAGCAGGAAAGACUUGGCCUGCCCAGAGUAUGUGACCUAUUUUCCUGCAUGAAGCUCAAUGGAGACAAAGAAAAGUGGCUCCACCAGGCACCUACACAGAUAUGAAGCAUGAACCAUUGGCUUUUUAAGAGUUUUAUUAGCACUAUAUAAUCGCUGAUUAUUGCACAAUAUUUUUCUUCCGUGAUUUUUAGGAAUUUGCUCUCUCUGUUAUCUUUUAUUCUGGAGAUUGAAAGUUAUUAUGGACUAGAGGUCUUUGCCAGGACUUUUAGGACAACCAGCGCUUGAGAAAAGGAAUUUUAUGCUGGGGAAUUUCUGUAAUUUUGCCUUUUAUUAUUGGCAUACAGUGAUGUGUUGAUAAUAUAAUUCAAUAAUUUGAUUUAAAAGUUAUGAGAAAAUGGACCAGAUUGGUACAUACAAAACAAAUGCAUUUUCUUAUUUUUGUUAGUUUUUUUUGUUUUUUUUUGUCCCAUGGGCUGUGGUGGAAGUGGGGCUUGGGAAGAACUGAAAAUAAAUCUGUAUCAAUGUUAAUCACGCACAGUUAUAAAAGCUCCAUGCUUUUCCCCCUCCAUGUUGUGAAACUCUCCCUUGCAGCAUAUGGAGGAAGAUUUGCUCUUAAGCUGAGAAUACUUUACUUCAUAUUGAUAUUGAAUUUCAGAGUUUUCUCAAGUGAGAUUACACGUGCUUCCUUUGCCAUUUAUAUUACUUAGUUUUUAUUUUAAGACAUUCUAUACUUAAGUGGAAUAUGCUACAGGACUCAUAUAAGCUAAAUGCAAUGUAUUCUCUGUCCAAACAUGGUGCAGCAAAGAAUUCCAUUGUGCAUGGACUAUUUCAAAAGCAUAUUGUUUCUGACAAUUCUGUUAUUAAAACAAAUUUCAGAUAACUUGUGCCUGACAUUGAAUGUGUAGCAAUGCUUGCGGUCUUUUCACCUCUUUUGUAUGUUACGUCUACAGCAGCAAAUGUUCAUUGUGUGGUCUUUCUGUGUUAGGCUUGAACUUGUGGCAAAUAUUUACUAUAGAAUCAAUAUAUAGGUCUUAUUAAAUUGAGUCUAUCAUAAUAACAACUUGCUUUGAUAUGUCUUUGCUCUGAAUCACACUGUCAACAUAUAACAAGAAUUAUACUUUGCUCUUUGCACAUUCUGAGCAAGAGCUACAAGAAAAUUAAGCUGGUUUAAAGAUUAAAAUUAGGAUGAGAAUAUCAUAUUAUGGUGUCAUCUCCUGUACCAAUAUUUUCCUUAGUAAUGGACCAAGGACAUGGUACAUAACACAUUAAAAAUGCUCAAAUAUGGACUCCGGAUUAUAUGCACAGUACAUUUUUUUUUUUUUUUUUUUUUUUGUCAGCCUAUGACAGUACUGAACAGCAGCAGUGUGCACAUGUACACAGAUUGUAGGCUAAAGUAUUGCUUACAUGAUUUCAUCCUAAAGCUGUGAUCCCUGUCAAAAAAAAAAAAAAACUGUCAAUAAUUAAAAGGAAAUAAAUCAGUUUCCUGUUUUAA